AUGUAUGAAGACUUUAUCGCUUGCAGCGGGUCGUGGGAAAAAUCUACGCUGUUUCGCACGAUCACAAGCAGCAAGAAGAACCAACGAAGAGGAUGCAGGAAGUGGCUGACACGUCGCCAGAUGCUGGUGCACUUUAAAGACCCCAAGCUGGUUGCAGCAAUAAUCGACCGCAAAAUGAAGGACAAGACCCUGCGAAAGAGUGAGGUGAGACGGCACCCGGAAGUUCCAAGUUUGCGGCAAUACCUGAUUUUGGUCGACGAUGAGGUGAUUGAUGAAAACACAAUUUCCCUCGAUGAUGUCUUCCAGCUCUCGGUGAUCAACCUGCUUUCGAAGAAGAUAAAAGAUGCCCACGCCAAGAAAUCGUCUGAUGGUGUGAAUGCCUUGCUCCUUGCUUGCAAAUUGGGGGAGACGCUUCGCGUGGCAGUGCUGCAGGAUUUGGAUUCUAUCACGAAGCGACUAUCUGGUGUGCGCAAGAAGCUGCAGAAUGCCCUGGAUGAGCAGCAGGGGGAUGACAUCCUGGAAAGUGCGGUUGCUGAAGCCAAAGGUGCUGAUGAAGGCGUAUAUGAUUCGGAGUUAUUGUGGGACAUGAUCGACAAUGUGGGGUCCUACAGCGGAAAGAACAAUACCCGAGAUUUCGAGCGAGCCUUGAAGCUGCCACUGGCGCCUGACUUAGUGUGGACUACCAUGAAGAAGAAAGAAGAUUCUGAAGAAUUCCAUGACGUCCAAGUGCCAGUAUUUCUUCCGCACAAGAUUCUUCUUUACUUAUUCAACACCUUGCAAUUGCAAAUUCCGUGGGAUGCCCUGCAGAAGUAUUGGGAACAUUGCAAACAGUUUUGCUUGUGGGCACAGCCUUUUGAUGGGACACCUAUUCCACUCUGCCUUUAUGGGGACACAGCUCGGUAUGGGCAAGGCUAUGACCAAAGCAAAGUUACUGGCUUCUGGCUGAGUUUAGUGCUGUGGCGGCCCAAGUCUACAAGAAUGUCGCAGUGGUUGCUCUGGAGCCUAAAUGGUGAUUUGUCUCGAGGUUUUUUGUCGCACAAUCCACUUAUCCUCGUGGUUGUUCGUUCUUUGAACUGCGCGUUUGAUGGAAUGACUCCUGAAGGUGCUGAUCUUCCUCACAAGUUUGCUGUAACUGAAAUCAGAGGUGAUUGGGAGUUUUUCGUGCAAACCUUCAAGUUGAAACAGUGGUACAAGACAAGACGCAUUUGCUGGCGUUGCAGCGCGGAAAACCACAUCGACGCAGAACACUGUUACCUGGACUUAUCUGA